AAUGGCGACGUGACAAACUGCACUCGCUCCUCCAGUAUAAAGGGCUCCCUAGGCUCUCUUCAGGCUACCUUACCUGGCUUUGAGGAAGGACCUGGAGGACCACUCAGCAUGAGGCUGCUCCCUGGGACCCUGUGCCUAUGCCUGGCUCUGGCUCUGAGCCAAGCCGCUCCAUCGCAUCAUGAUAUACAAAAAGACAAACCCGCAGGCCAUGAACAGGGGGCACAUAAACCUGCAGGCCAAGAACAUGGGGCACAUAAACCUGCAGGCCAUGAACAUGACAAACAUAAACCUGGAGGCAGUGGACAUGGGGCACAUAAACCUCAAGGCCAUGACCAUGAGCACCACGGAGCUGUGCAUGAACGUUGCGAGGGGAUUGAAUUUGAUGCCGUUGCUGUCAAUGAGGAAGGAAUCCCCUACUUCUUCAAGGGUGACCAUCUGUGGAAGGGCUUUCAUGGAAACAGUGAACUCUCCAAUAAAACAUUCAAGGAACUAGAUGACCAUCACCAUUUGGGGCAUGUGGAUGCUGCUUUCAGAAUGCACUCUAAGGACAACCAACACGACCACGAUCAUAUCUUCUUCUUCUUGAAUGACCAUGUCUUCAGCUUCUACAACCACAGCUUGGAGAAGGGAUAUCCAAAGAAAAUUGAAGAUGUGUUCCCAGGAAUCCCACAUAAUUUGGAUGCUGCUGUGGAGUGCCCCAAGGGGGAAUGUGUGCAAGACUCCGUCAUCUUUAUUAGGGGAGAUGAAGCGUAUCAUUAUGACAUCAAGGACAAGAAGGUAGAUGAGAGUAAGUGGGCUCACCUGCCAAACUGCACGUCUGCCUUCCGCUGGUUGGAGCACUACUACUGUUUCCAUGGGAACACAUUCACCAAGUUCCACCCUGUCACUGGAACUGUGACUGGAAAGUACCCCAAGGAUGCCCGUGACUACUUCAUGAGAUGUCACAAAUUUGGUAAAGACAGCAAUCACACAGAAAGAGAGACAUGCAGCCGUGUACACCUGGAUGCUGUCACAUCUGAUGAUGCUGGCAAUGUCUAUGCUUUCAGAGGACAUCAUUACCUUGAGCAGAAGGCUGGUAGUGAUACUUGGGAGGCCCAUCCCAUUGAAAAGACAUGGAAAAAGCUGCACAGCGAAGUGGAUGCCGUCUUCUCCUACAACAACCAUCUUUACAUGAUUAAGGACGACAACAUCUAUGUGUAUAGUGUGGGAGACACACAUAAACUGCUUGAUGGCUACCCCAAGCCUGUCAGCAAGGAGCUUGGGAUUAAAGGUCACGUGGAUGCUGCCUUUGUGUGUGCAGAUCAUCACAUUGCACACAUCAUUCAAGGACAGAAGAUGUAUGAUGUGGACCUUGCUGCCAACCCUCGAGCUGUGAAAAAUGAGGUUCCCCUGCACUUCAAGAAGGUUGAUGCUGGCACAUGUGGCCCUGAAGGUGUAAAGAUCAUGGUUGGGUCUCACUACUACCAGUAUGAAAGCCUCAAGGUGAUGGCUGCUAGCAAGAUCCUUCCGGAGGCACAUAAAAUUUCCCUUGAGCUGUUUGGUUGUGACCACUAGGGCGGCAAGCUUGUUAAGGCAGAGACAGAAGAGUCGGUGCUCUGAGCACUUAGAACUGACAUUCACAGUGUUCACAAUAUCACAAGGUGGCAGUUUCAGUUUAUUCUCCCUUGACCUCAAUGCUUCUACCUCUUACCUGCAACACUCUUUCACUUUCACUAGCAACUUGCUCACCUGCCCCACUGAGACACUAAUUGUGUCAUGAUUCCUUCCUCUUUGUCUCUGUGGUCUGCUCCGCUUCAACUCUGUCUGGUCCUUGAUGUCUGAGAGAAUUCAGGAGAAUUACUGACCUGAUCCUGGGAUCAGUGCAGUCAUGGUGUCUUCUCCGUUGUUAACAAAUAAAUCUGAAACACAUUCACUGAA